AGUGCAUCCUCCAUGGUUAGAAAAAUAAAUGAAAUUCAAGAGAAGUUGACCAUUUCUGGGAUGCACAUUUCAGCAGAGAUUUCACAUCCAGUCAUCAACCCUGUACUUCCAUAUAGAGGAAAAAUCCCAGAAGGUUUAAAGACUGAUAUAGCUGUAGUCUUUCAAGGAAUUCUUCCGGCAGAUGCCAAAGAGUUUGCAGUAAAUUUCCAGACGGGUGAGUCUGAUGGUGAUGACAUCGCUUUUCACAUCAACCCCCAAAUUGGUGAUGUAGUGGCCUUGAACAGCUUCAGAAAUGGUAGCUGGGAGACUGAGGAACAUGCCUCUGUCACGGCCUAUACUAAGGAAGAAGCCUUGAAUAUGUCCAUUGCCAUUAACUCAGAGGGAUAUGAGGUCUAUGUGAAUGGUUUGCACCACUGUGCAUUUAAUCACCGCAUUCCUGUAGAGAACAUUUCUACACUUGGUAUUUCAGGAGAUGUUAUCAUCUACUACUUUGGAUUUGUUGAGAACUGGAGUGACUCCUCCAUUUUAAAGAAAAUGAAUGAGAUCCAUGAAAUGUCGGUCACUUCCGGGAGCCUGAUAGACGUCCGUCCUGAGAUUUCACCUUCAAUCAGCAACCCUGAACUUCCAAAUGUAGGUGUAAUCCCUCAAGGGUUAAAGACAGAUGUGGAUGUCAUGUUCCAAGUGAUUCUUCCUGCAGAUGCUAAUGAUGCUGUGAACUUGAACAGUAUUCACCAUGAGCCUGAAAAAUUGAACGACUCUUUCGUGGCUGUGGAUAUGAAUAAAAUCCAGGAUACAUCACUGACUAGUGGGAACCUGAUAGACGUCCCAGCAGAGAUUUCACAUCCAGUCAGCAACCCAGAACUUCCAUAUGUAGACUCGAUCCCAGGAGGAUUAAAGACAGACAUGGCUGUCGUGUUUCAAGGAGCUCUUCCAGCAGAUUCCAAACAGUUUGUAAUAAAUUUCCAGACGAGUAAAAAUGAUGGUGACGACAUCGCUUUUAACAUCAACCCCCGAAUUGGUGAUGCAAUGGCCUUAAACAGCUUCAGAAAUGGUAGCUGGGAGACUGAGGAACAUGCCUCUGUUACGGCCUUUACUAAGGAAGAAGCCUUGAAUAUGUCCAUUGCCAUCAACUCAGAUGGAUAUGAGGUCUAUGUGAAUGGUUUGCACCAGUGUACAUUUAAUCACCGCAUUCCUGUAGAGAACAUUUCUACACUUGGUAUUUCUGGAGAUGUUAUUAUCUACUACUUUGGAUUUGUUGACAACUGGAGUGACUCCUCCAUUUUUAAGAAAAUGAAUGAGAUCCAUGAAAUGUCGGUCACUUCCGGGAGCCUGAUAGACGUCCGUCCUGAGAUUUCACCUAUAAUCAGCAACCCUGAACUUCCAAAUGUAGGUGUAAUCCCUCAAGGGUUAAAGACAGAUGUGGAUGUCAUGUCCCAAGUGAUUCUUCCUGCCGAUGCUAAUGAUGCUGUGUACUUGAACAGUAUUCACCAUGAGCCUGAAAAAUUGAAUGACUCGUUUGUGGCUGUGGAAAUGAAUAAAAUCCAGGACACAUCACUGACUAAUGGGAACCUGAUAGACGUCCCAGCUGAGAUUUCACAUCCAAUCAGCAACCUUCAAUUGAUCGAUUCGUCUGUGGCUGUGGAAAUGAAUAAAAUCCAGGACGCAUUACUGACUAGCGGCAGCCUGAUAGUCGUCCCAGCAGAGAUUUCACAUCCAGUCAGCAACCCUGAACUUCCAUAUGUAGACUCGAUCCCAGGAGGAUUAAAGACAGACAUGGCUGUCGUGUUUCAAGGAGCUCUUCCAGCAGAUUCCAAACAAUUUGCAAUAAAUUUCCAGACGGGUAAAAAUGAUGGUGAUGACAUCGCUUUUCAUAUCAACCCCCGAAUUGGUGAUGUAGUGGCCUUGAACAGCUUCAGAAAUGCUAGCUGGGAGACUGAGGAACAUGCCUCUGUUACGGCCUUUACUAAGGAAGAAGCCUUGAAUAUGUCCAUUGCCAUCAACUCAGAUGGAUAUGAGGUCUAUGUGAAUGGUUUGCACCAGUGUACAUUUAAUCACCGCAUUCCUGUAGAGAACAUUUCUACACUUGGUAUUUCAGGAGAUGUUAUCAUCUACUACUUUGGAUUUGUUGAUAACUGGAGUGAUUCCUCCAUUUUUAAGAAAUUGAAUGAGAUCCAUGAAAUGUCGGUCACUUCCGGGAGCCUGAUAGACGUCCUCCCUGAGAUUUCACCUAUAAUCAGCAACCCUGAACUUCCAAAUGUAGGUGUAAUCCCUCAAGGGUUAAAGACAGAUGUGGAUGUCAUGUUCCAAGUUAUUCUUCCUGCAGAUGCUAAUGAUGCUGUGAACUUGAACAGUAUUCACCAUGAGCCUGAAAAAUUGAAUGACUCAUGUGUGGCUGUGGAAAUGAAUAAAAUCCAGGACACAUCACUGACUAGUGGGAACCUGAUAGAUGUCCCAGCAGAGAUUUCACAUCCAAUCAGUAACCUUCAAUUGAUCGAUUCAUCUGUGGGGGUGGAAAUGAAUAAAAUCCAGGACACAACACUGACUAGCGGGAGCCUGAUAGUCGUCCCAGCAGAGAUUUCACGUCCAGUCAGUAACCCUGAGCUUCCAUAUGUAGACUCGAUCCCAGGAGGAUUAAAGACAGACAUGGCUGUAGUGUUUCAAGGAGCUCUUCCAGCAGAUUCCAAACAGUUUGCAAUAAAUUUCCAGACGGGUAAAAAUGAUGGUGAUGACAUCGCUUUUCACAUCAACCUCCGAAUUGGUGAUGUAGUAGCCUUAAACAGCUUCAGAAAUGGUAGCUGGGAGACUGAGGAACAUGCCUCUGUCACGGCCUUUACUAAGGAAGAAGCCUUGAAUAUGUCCAUUGCCAUCAACUCAGAUGGAUAUGAGGUCUAUGUGAAUGGAUUGCACCACUGUACAUUUAAUCACCGCAUUCCUGUAGAGAACAUUUCUACACUUGGUAUUUCUGGAGAUAUUAUCAUCUACUACUUUGGAUUUGUUGAUAACUGGAGUGACUCCUUCAUUUUUAAAAGAAUGAAUGAGAUCCAUGAAAUGUCGGUCACUACCGGGAGCCUGAUAGACGUCCGUCCUGAGAUUUCACCCAUAAACAGCAACUCUGAACUUCCAAAUGUAGGUGUAAUCCCUCAAGGGUUAAAGACAGAUGUGGAUGUCAUGUUCCAAGUGAUUCUUCCUGCCGAUGCUAAUGAUGCUGUGAACUUGAACAGUAUUCACCAUGAGCCUGAAAAAUUGAAUGACUCGUCUGUGGGUGUGGAAAUGAAUAAAAUCCAGGACGCAUUACUGACUAGCGGCAGCCUGAUAGUCGUCCCAGCAGAGAUUUCACAUCCAUUCAGCAACCCUGAACUUCCAUAUGUACACUCGAUCCCAGGAGGAUUAAAGACAGACAUGGCUGUCGUGUUUCAAGGAGCUCUUCCAGCAGAUUCCAAACAGUUUGCAAUAAAUUUCCAGACGGGUAAAAAUGAUGGUGACGACAUCGCUUUUCACAUCAACCUCCGAAUUGGUGAUGUAAUGGCCUUAAACAGCUUCAGAAAUGGUAUCUGGGAUACUGAGGAACAUGCCUCUGUUACGGCCUUUACUAAGGAAGAAGCCUUGAAUAUGUCCAUUGCCAUUAACUCAGAGGGAUAUGAGGUCUAUGUGAAUGGUUUGCACCACUGUACAUUUAAUCACCGCAUUCCUGUAGAGAACAUUUCUACACUUGGUAUUUCUGGAGAUAUUAUCAUCUACUACUUUGGAUUUGUUGAUAACUGGAGUGACUCCUCCAUUUUUAAGAAAAUGAAUGACAUCCAUGAAAUGUCGGUCACUACCGGGAGCCUGAUAGACGUCCUCCCUGAGAUUUCACCUAUAAUCAGCAACCCUGAACUUCCAAAUGUAGGUGUAAUCCCUCAAGGGUUAAAGACAGAUGUGGAUGUCAUGUUCCAAGUUAUUCUUCCUGCAGAUGCUAAUGAUGCUGUGAACUUGAACAGUAUUCACCAUGAGCCUGAACAAUUGAACGACUUGUUUGUGGCUGUGGAAAUGAAUAAAAUCCAGGACACAUCACUGACUAGUGGAAACCUGAUAGACGUCCCAGCAGAGAUUUCACAUCCAAUCAGCAACCCAGAACUUCCAUAUGUAGACUCGAUCCCAGGAGGAUUAAAGACAGACAUGGCUGUCGUGUUUCAAGGAGCUCUUCCAGCAGAUUCCAAACAGUUUGCAAUAAAUUUCCAGACGGGUAAAAAUGAUGGUGACGACAUCGCUUUUAACAUCAACCCCCGAAUUGGUGAUGUAGUGGCCUUGAACAGCUUCAGAAAUGGUAGCUGGGAGACUGAGGAACAUGCCUCUGUUACGGCCUUUACUAAGGAAGAAGCCUUGAAUAUGUCCAUUGCCAUCAACUCAGAUGGAUAUGAGGUCUAUGUGAAUGGUUUGCACCAGUGUACAUUCAAUCACCGCAUUCCUGUAGAGAACAUUUCUACACUUGGUAUUUCUGGAGAUGUUAUCAUCUACUACUUUGGGUUCGUUGAAAACUGGAGCAGAUCUUCCUUGGCAUUAGAAAAUAAAGAAAUCACUGAAAUGACUUCUGUGACACUUUUACCCAUCACAUCAGACAAGCUUGCACUUUCAUUUGUAAGCACCAUCCCAGGUGGGAUAAAAGCAGAUAUGGGUAUACUGUUUUGUGGGACAGUUCUUGAAGAUUCAAAUGAGUUUGAAAUAAAUUUCCAAACAAGUCAAUCCACUGAUGAUAUCGCUUUUAACAUCAAUCCUCAAAUUGUUCGUUUUCUGGUGCUAAGCAGCCUCAGAAAAGGUAGUAGGGAGACAGAAGAUUUAGCUUCAGACAAGGGAGCAGCCUUCAAUAUGUUUGUUGUUGUCAGAUUGGAGGGUUAUGAGGUCUUUGUGAAUGGCCUGCAGUAUUGCAUGUUCAAGCAUCGCGUUCCUUUAGCUGUCAUUUCUUCACUUGGCGUUCGUGGAGAUGUUUUUGUCAAUUUUAUUGGUGUUAUUGAUAACUGGAGUAGCUCUUCUAUGGUUAUGGAAAGAUCAUGCUGGAGACCAAUACCAAUCCCAUCAGAGGUUUUGCAUCCAGUCAGCAACCCAGUUCUUCCUUAUGUAGGAGUGAUCCCAGGAAAGGCAAAACCAGAUAUGGCUGUCUUCUUCCAAGGGGCUCUUCCAGCAGAUGCCAAUGAGUUUAUAAUAAAUUUCCAAACAGGGAACUCUGAUGGUGAUGAUAUUGCCUUUUGCAUUAACCCCCACCUUGGCUGUUAUGUGGCAAUCAACAGCUUCAGAAAUGGUAGCUGGGAGACUGAGGAAUCUGUCGCCGACAAACCCUUUACCAAGGGAGCUGCCUUUAAUAUGUUUGUUAUCAUUAAAUCUGAGCACUAUGAGGUCUACGUGAAUGGCUUGGAGCUUUGCACAUUCAAACAUCGCAUUCCUUUGGAGAAGAUUUCUGUGCUUGGCAUUUCUGGAGAUGUUUCCAUCAAUUUCAUUGGUUUUAUUGAGACCUGGAGCAAAUUUUCCUUCAUCAUAGAAAAUAAUGAAAUCACAGGCAUGCGGAACUCAUCCUGGAGAUGCUCGUCUCAUCAGAUGAUCAGCACAUCAUCUUAAGAUAUUUAAUCACGUUUUCAUAACUGUUGGUUUUUGUCAUCGUCCUUUUGCAUCAUUAUAUGGAGUUUUAACUAGAAUUAGAAUUGUUGUGUUCUGCAUGUAAUUAUUCAUUUCUGGAUUAGAAUAUAGACAACACUUUCUAUUAUGAUAGGCCUCAAAACAAUAUUUACUGCAUUAACUACAUUACCAAAUCAUUAUCUUUAAUAAACCAUACAUGUCAUACGUUAUGUAUAUCAUACUGUAUGUACCUGCCUAAUGUUUCUUCCGUUUGAUGAUUGAAAAUAUGUCCAACGAAUUUAGCAAAGGUAAAAAUAUAGUACCGAAUGUUGAGAGCUAAGUUAGAUUUUUAUUCAAAUAUAUACAUUCAUGACCUCAUUUACAACUUGCAAAUAUGAUUAUAAAAAGUUUUGAUUAUUUGGUUAUGUUAUUAAUCCUUAUGCUAAUGCUGGAUGAUGUUCAGCAUUGUCAGUACUGUCAGUUAAAGGAAUUAUUAAAGGAAUUUUAAUACAAGCUAUUAUUUAGUAUACUGAAAACAUAAAUUGUCCAUAUUUUAAUUGAGCACAGCUUUUAUACAACUUUUUAUAAAUGUUAAUAAACUAAAAACCUAAUACAUAAACUGUAAUAGCCCAAAGGUACUCAUAACACUAUAAGCUUUGCUGUAUAAAUAAUAAUGUAGAAGACAAUUGGAUGAAUGGGGAAUGGGGGAUUUCCUUGCAUCUGGUUUUGACACUAUCCCCUGUCCCCUACUUUCUAUAGUGUUUGUUGGGUUUUUUUUUUGUUUGUUUGUUUUGUUUUGUUUUGUUUUGGCUUGGGAUACAUUUUGUCCUUGUUUCAUCAGAAUAAGCUCAAUAUGAUUGAUAUUUAAUAUGCAAAACUAAACAGUAGAAGACAAUGUCUUCUGCAGUUGGUUAUAUAAUUAUGGCCUGGUGUCAAGGACGUCUUUACACACAAACGUUAUGCCCCUGGCUGACAGAGACGUUAAGUUCAAUGAGAGACAUUUGAAUAAAAUAUUAGAUUUUUUUAUUUACAUAAUCACCAUUCUUGCAUUUCUUUCUCAUGAGAAAGUGAGAUUUGGGGAUCAGGUGAAUGUCACUGAAAAUAUUUCCAAACAUUACAGUACAGGAGCAAUGUACAAAUGUACUGUUUAAUGACCAUUUGGACCAAUGUGCAAAUGUACUGUUAUAAUGCUGUACAUGACAAUAUAAAAGUUGUCAUUUGUUUUUAACAGCCAAUGUAACUAUACUCUAACAUAGAUGUAAGUAACUGGGUACAUAUUUUAUGUAUAUCAAGCUAUGGGUUUAUAUUUAAAUCCAGGGUCAGUUCUAGGAUUUACUCUUUAGGGGGUUUUAGCCCUCAGUGAGAGUUUAAAACAAGAAGAGCUUUAUAUUAUAUACUAUAUGACUACAU